AUGCCACUUGUAAAACGAGUGAUGUUUUAUGUGUUUCUUGGUAUAACUGAAAAUAAUGAUGUUCAUACUAUUAAAAAGCAACUUGAAGUUGAAUUGGAAGUACCAGGACUAGAAGAAUCCUUAAAAAAUAAACAAAAUCCUGUUAAAUUAUGUUUAAUAGAUUUAGCGGAAGCCAUUAAUUACUAA